UUUCGCAUCCUUCUGAUCCCCCUAGUUCUUUUUCCUUUUUUCGUUCCACACCUUUCGUCACUUCAAAGUUCAAAGGCAAUACGUUUCGUAUGAUAACUGGUUUUCUGUUAAAAUGGGUUUUUAAAGCAGGAACAGUGUAGUUUCAAAUCGCUCUUUCUCUCCAUCUUCCAUUCUUUAAGUUUGUGGGAUCUGCAACUCUGUUUUGUGUUCAACCAAAGAGUGGGGUAGCGGGUCCGUAUUUUUUGUUUUCUUCUAUUAUGUUUUUGGGUUGAAGAUUCAGGAAAAUAUAUAUUCACUGAGGGGCCAGAUUUUUGUCGGUGGACUACUGAAGGGAAGGAAUGGGAUUCGUUUGGAAAACAGGGACCACUAAGAUCUAUCAUCUGGAUUGUUCUUUUCCCUCUUAUUUGUACAUAAAACUUCAUCAUGUCCCAUAGAUUGGAUGCUUAUGUAAACCACAUCCCAUUGCUUUACUUGACUUAUACUGGUCUCCCCAACCCACUUUUCAAGCUCAGAAAUCCCAAGCUUUCUAUCUGUGAUUCUGAUGAGUGUGAAACUUCACUUUAUUCCUUUUAGGACAACCAUCAAUUUUUUUUUAGCAUUUAAGAUUUUCAAGGGGAAGAAAGGGGGCAAAAGCAGCUAGUUCUCUCUCCGAACCAUGUUUAAAGACUGUACAAGGCUCUGAAUUUCAUGGAGAGAAAAAUAUAAAUGAAUGGUUAAUGAUGCUCUUAUGCAAUAUUAUUCAAUUUUCUCCGUCUCCUGUUGACGUUUCUUGCCAGGUUUCCCACUCAAAAUGCAACGGGGCCAGAUAUUUGAUGGUUAAAGUGAAUGUACUGGGGUUAAGAUGAUUGUUUGCACAUUGGCAUUAUAGUUUCUGGUACUGGAAGCCAAGGUUUCUCAGGGAUUUCAGUUUGUGUGUUAAGUGAUAAAUGCCAAACCCCGUUAUCAAAUGAUGCCUACCUCGCCAGUUGUGGAAUCUGCCUUGAUCCAGAAUGGUUCUCUCUCUACGCCAUCGGGUUCUACUGAGAGUUGUUGUGAUGCAGAAAUACAUCUCGCUAAUGUGGAUGAAAUUCGGAGUGAUAACUUGUCCUUAGAGGAGAGCAAUCUUGCAGAUGAGGAUGGAAAUCUUGGAUCGUGCACUAAUAGCAAAAAUGACUAUCCUUCCAGGUUUCAGCUUGAACAAGACGUACAAAGAUUACAGCAGCAGUUACAAGAAGAGAUGGAACUACAUGCUAUCCUGGAAAAAGCUAUUGAGAAGAAUGCUUCGAAAUUCUCAAGUUUUUCAUGUCUCCCUCAUCAGGUUCAGGAGCUCCUAUCCAAUAUUGCAUUAUUGGAGGUCAACGUUUCAAAACUUGAACAAGAGAUGGUCUCUUUGCAUUUUCAACUUAGCCAAGAGAGAAAUGAACGGAGGCUUGCAGAAUAUCGUUUGAGGCAUUGGACAUCUCAGUCAACAUCUCUUUGCUUGUCUGGCAUUAUGGAUACUUUGAGUUCACCUUUGAAGUGUUCAGAAGCUUCUGUUUCUGAAGUCAGCGAUUCCUCUGAAUAUAGCACCUGCCAGGAGCUGAGAGAUCAACCAUUAGAAUCUACUAACAAAUGUACAGAGUCGGUAAUAGAGAGUGUAGUGGACUCAAGUGCACUUUGCCUUGACAAGAAAAUGUCUAUGAAAAUGGAUGUCAAAUCCUGUCGACCUGUAGAUCUCACAAAGCUUCCUAAAGGGAUGCCACCGGAUGGUCUUUGGGAUCAACCUAAUCAAUUAUCUGAAGAGAUGGUGAGAUGUAUGAAAAGUAUAUUCAUGUCUCUGGCAGAUUCUGUGAUACCAUCCAAAUCAUCUGCAUCAGAGAUCCACUGCUCACCUCUGUCACCACGUGGAACAUCGCCACGUGGUCAUCUUUCUGGUUCAUCUUGGUGGUCCUCAUCUGAAAGGUCAAUCAUUUCAUCAUGGGUGCAGAGCCCACAAAUUGAUAUACAGAACAACUGUGAGGUGUUGGCUUCAGAGAAUGCCUGUGAUCCCUAUUGGGUGCGGGGGAAACUAAGUUGGGCUGACAUUGGAAUCUAUGGACUGGCAACUGAAGUUUCUUGGAUGUCAGUUGGGAAGAAGCAAUUAGAAUAUGCUGCAGGGGCACUGAGAAGGUUCAGGGCACUUGUUGAGCAUCUGGCAAAAGUGAAUCCUAUCCAUUUGAGCUGCAAUGAGAAGCUUGCUUUCUGGAUCAACCUAUAUAAUGCUCUGAUCAUGCAUGCAUACUUGGCAUAUGGAGUCCCAAGAAGUGACUUGAAGCUCUUUUCUUUGAUGCAAAAGGUAGCAUACACUGUUGGGGGACAUUCUUUCAGUGCAGCUACUAUUGAGUAUGUGAUUCUAAAAAUGAAACCACCACACCAUCGGCCACAAAUUGCUUUGCUUCUUGCCCUUCACAAGCUGAAGGUAUCGGAGGAGCAAGGGAAGUCUGCAGUUGAUACACAUGAGCCGCUCGUAGUAUUUGCUCUCAGCUGUGGAAUGUACUCUUCACCAGCGGUAAAAAUCUACACUGCUAAGAAUGUGAGGGAAGAGCUUCAAGAAUCACAGCGUGAUUUCAUUCGAGCUUCAGUUGGGAUUAGCAGCAAAGGGAGGUUGUUGGUCCCCAAAAUGCUACAUUGCUUUGCCAAAGCCUUUGUGGAUGAUGCAAAUCUGGCUGUAUGGAUAUUGCAUCACCUUCCGCCUCAUCAGGCUGCCUUUGUUGAACAAUGCAUUUCACAGAGGAGGCAGAGCCUUCUUGGUUCACGCAACUGUGGCAUUAUUCCAUUUGAUUCACGCUUCCGUUACCUAUUCCUGCCGAACAAAACUCCUCUUUGGUAAUGUAGCAGUGCCAAGUUUGCACCGAAAUAGAACUGGAUUUCCUUGCCCUGGGAAAGCCAAUACGAGAAUAGUGUCAACUGUAAAUGACGCUGGAAGAAAAAUUACAUUACAACUCUAUAUGAAGCUUAGCCUCCUCGAGAAGGGUGGUGGCAGUUUUUGUCUCCUGCCUUAUACCCCCCAAGUGUGUUGUACAUUUUGUUCAUGGAUAAAAGGAGUUUACAUACAGUGCUUGUAGGUGAAGAGUUGUACAUUUCUUUAGCCCAAAAGUUCAAAUAAGAACUACAUGUUUCCUUUGCUA